UUGGGUAACACAAAUUGGGCCAAUAAUUCCGAUUCAAUCUGAGGCAAAAUAUGUCAGCGUGUAUCGGCAGGGGAAAUGUCAAACUAGUGUUUUUGUUUUUAUUAUUGUAUCAACCGUAUUAACCAGUUCCAGAAAAACAAAUUAUCUAUAUCAAGUUUUAAUACUACAUAUAUCUAUCAAAUAUCAGCUUAAACAGUUUAAUUAACUAGUUCUUGAAAUAUGAGCUUAGAACACUGUUGUAGAUUAUGCUUGAAAAGCCUUGCCGACAUAAUGUUCGUUGAAGAUAGCGAAGAUAGUUAUUUUUCUCUGGCCGACGACCGUUCUCUGCAACGAAUGAUUUUGGAAUGUUUUCAGAUUCAGGUUUCCGAUGGAGAAAUCGUGUCGAAAGUUUGCAGUCAGUGCAAUGAUGAAAUUCGUUUAGUCCAUGAGAUUCGGAAGCGGAUAAGGAAAACCGAUUUUGAAAUCAAGCAGUAUUAUGCAUCACUAGCGGUAAAAGAUGAAGCAGAGUAUGAAGCUGACCCAGUCGAAAUCCAAGAAAAUGAGCAGAUUGAAUUGAUUGAGAUGGACGAUGACGAACGUGAUGGAAAUACAGAAAUGGUGGCAAGCUUUGGAGAAGAAAAUUCAGCUGAUAACGAUAAUUUUACCCAAAAAUACGAAAUUAUUGAAGUAGAGCCUCUGCUAAGAUAUGACCAAAACACCGUCGAAGAACCAACUGAAAUCAAUCACGAAAGGAAGCAUAUACAUAGCGCCAUACAAAUACAACGUUUGAAAAAUCCAUGUGAUCGUAAAGUACGCAGAACAGUUGACUGCAAGUGUUACAUAUGUGCUACAGAAUUCGACACUACCGAAAUGCUGGACAGUCAUCUUGCGACGCACGUCGGCACCAGCGCUCAGAAAUGCAAUCUCUGCGAUUUCCCUAUAACGACAGUGCGAUCUUGGAAUAUGCACUUGAGAACAAUUCACUUUAGGAAAGGAAAACGUAUUCCUUGCGAAGAAUGUAGAAAGGAUAACAAGGUACGAGAAUUUUCGUCUAAUUUUAAACUGCAAGCCCACAUUAAAUCGUACCAUGAAAAAAUCGUAGAAGUUCAAGAGAAAAAGCACAUUUGUACUUAUUGCGGCAAGGCAUUCUCAAGAGGGACUCAUCUCAGAAUGCAUGAGAAUAUACAUACAAAAGCAAUUUUAUACAAUUGCAAGCAAUGUCCAUUUGCUGCAACGUCGCGAUCUGGAUUGUUAAGGCAUUUACGUAUACAUACAGCUGAGAAACCUUUCAAAUGUGACGAAUGCGAUGCAUCAUUCAAUCAAUCUAAUGCGCUUCAUUCUCAUAAAACCGCAAAGCAUUCUGAUGAACGACCAUUCGCUUGUGAUAUUUGUGGAAACGCGAAACGGUUCAAAACCAAAUACAUCCUCCAAAGUCACAUGAAGAUGCAUGAGAAAUCGGACACAGAUUCAAUCACUAAGGGACGGCGUGUUAAAACAUUAGGAACAAAAAUAACCGUUUAUGAUCCUGAACUAAAAUGCAGUUUCUGUCCUGCAGUGUAUUAUAAGGAAGUGUUCCUUUGCCGACAUAUUGUAGAAAAACAUCCCUCAGAAUCGGUGUCAAUGAUUCCUUGUGAUGAUUGCAAUGUAACAAAUAAAAACGUAUUUUUCCUGACACAAAAAGAAAAAAACCGUCAUGUUGAAAAGCAUGAAAAGACGAAAGCUCUACCUGAGAAGGAACGUCUCUGCAAUGAGUGUGGAAAAACAUUCCAAACAAGCACUGCAUAUCAUCGACACCGUCAAACUCAUAUCGAUAUCGUAUGCAAAGAAUGUGGAAAAUCAUUUUCGACCAGCAGAACAUUGAGACUUCAUUUGCUAACAGUUCACCUAAAAUCCCGACCAUAUAAAUGUGACAAAUGUGAAUCGUCUUUCGGACAAUUGACUUCGUUGAAUGCGCACAUGAAAAUUCAUCAAAAAUAGAAAUAAAACUGGAAAAUGGUUUUCCAACAAAUAUAUGAAA